AUGGCUACAGACGAGGAGGACCGGGCACCCGGCUUCGGGAUGGUGCCGCUUCCUCCAGAAACAGGGGCUCCGGCCACCAGCUCAGAGGACGGCCCUCCCCCGGCCGGCCCCGACGUCGUCCCGACCCAGCCCGUGCCAGCCGGGCACCCCGACUUCGGGCUGCUGCUGGAAGGAACCGCUUGCCCGGCUUCGAGGGAAGAGCCUUCGAUCAAGAGGCCGCGCACCUCCAGUCAUGGGGGGAGUUGCGUCGGCAUCAACGAGAAGCUGUUUCAACAGGAGAUUCUGGAGCGGGAAGGCCCAGGGAAGGUGUUCCAGACAGACUGCAUGAAGAGUUCCGUCCGCCAGCUUGACCGCUGUGGGUUCGGCAGAAUGCGUCAGGACAGGCACACGGCCGUCUGCCUGAGCAACGUCUUCUCGGAGGAGAGACCCGGCUACGUCCUCAGCAAAAUGGACGGCAGGCCGGCAGCCCCGGGCUUUCCACCCGACCCCACCACGGCCGAGCCGCAGGACGACCUGCCACCCGGUCCUGAGGACAACCAGGAGACCCUGAGCACCCGAGAGCUCGACAGUGCCACCGGCCCAGCCGCGAGGGACUCGCCCCCUCCGGCCCCUGAGGGAACGGCAGCCCAUCCAACCAAGAAGCCCGAGGGCGCACAGGCUCCCGUUACGCUCGAGGAGGAGGGCGCAUCCCCGUUGUCUCCCUCCUCCUCCUCCUCUUCCUCCUCCUCCUCUUCCUCCUCCUCCUCCUCCUUCUCCUCCUCGCCUUCCUACUCAGUCCUGUUGCUGGACACCCUGGAGGAGGUGGCUGAUUCUGGGACACCCAGUCCCGCGCAGAGCCCUCAGGCUGUCUGCCCCUCCCCCACAGCCGUGGCAGCCCCUCCAUGGAGCCAGUCGGAAGACAGCACCUCCAGCAGCCAAGAUGAGGAGAGGCCCAGCACCGGCCAGGACCCCGCAGAUGCCGAGUCCUCACACCCAGACCCACUCCAUUUGAAGGUGGCUGAACUGGUGAGCUUCCUGCUCCUCAAGUACCGCUCAAAGGAGCCGACCACAAAGGAAGACAUGCUGAAUGCGGUCCUAAGAGAUGACCAGGACCACUUCCCUGCGGUCUUGAACCAAGCCUCUGAGUGUGUGCAGCUGGCCUUUGGGGUGGAUGUGAAGGAGGUGGACCCCAGGGAGCACUCGUAUGUCCUGGUCCCCACCCUGGGCCUCACCUGUGACGGGAUGCUGGGCGAUGGGCAGAGCAUGCCCAAGAACGGCCUCCUGGUGAUGCUCCUGGGUGUGAUCCUCCUGGAGGGAGAGUGCGCCACUGAGGAGAAGAUGUGGGAAGCACUGAGUGUCAUGGGGGUGUAUCCCGGGAGGGAGCACUGCAUCUACGGGGAGCCCAGGGAGCUCGUCACCAACGUGUGGGUGCGGGAGGGGUACGUGGAGUACCGGCAGGUGCCCAACAGCGAUCCCCCUCUCUACGAGCUCCUGUGGGGGCCACGGGCCCACGUGGAGACCAGCAAGCUGCAAGUCCUGGAACAUUUCCUCAGGAUCAAUAGAAGGGGUCUCAGUUCUUUCCCGUCCCUGUCUGAAGAGCGAGUGAGUGAUGAGGAAGAGGGGGCCUGA